AUGGAUUUGGCAUCUAAUCUUGGUGGCAAGAUUGAAAAGACGGAAGUGUUCUCUGCCGUUGAGAAGUAUGAGAAGUAUCAUGUUUGCUAUGGAGGUCAAGAGGAAGAGAGGAAAGCUAACUAUAGCGACAUGGUGAAUAAAUACUAUGAUCUUGUUACCAGCUUUUAUGAGUUUGGCUGGGGGGAAUCUUUCCAUUUUGCACCCAGAUGGAAAGAGGAAUCUCUUCGGGAGAGCAUCAAGCGACAUGAACACUUCCUUGCUUUACAACUUGGACUGAAGCCAGGGCAGAAGGUUUUGGACGUUGGAUGUGGAAUUGGUGGACCAUUAAGAGAAAUUUCCCGAUUCAGCUCAACUUCAAUUACUGGGUUGAAUAAUAAUGAGUACCAGAUAACGAGAGGAAAGGAACUCAAUUGCAUUGCGGGAGUGGACCAGACUUGCAAUUUUAUCAAGGCUGACUUCAUGAAAAUGCCAAUCCCAGACAACACUUAUGAUGCAGUGUAUGCAAUUGAAGCCACUUGUCAUGCUCCAGAUGCUUAUGGAUGCUAUAAAGAGAUUUUUAGAGUGUUAAAGCCGGGCCAAUAUUUUGCUGCCUAUGAAUGGUGCAUGACUGAUUCUUUUGAUCCCCAAAACCCAGAGCACCAAAAAAUCAAGGCAGAAAUUGAGAUUGGUGAUGGGCUUCCUGACAUUAGAUUGACCACUAAGUGUCUUGAAGCUCUGAAGCAAGCAGGUUUUGAGGAGGAUCCUCUCCUUUUUUCUGUGUACAAGGUAAUAUGGGAGAAAGAUCUAGCAGCUGACUCUCCUCUUCCUUGGUACUUGCCUUUAGACAAAAGUCAUUUCUCACUUAGUAGCUUCCGCCUAACUGCUGUUGGGCGACUUUUCACCAAAAACAUGGUAAAGUUUCUGGAGUAUGUUGGACUGGCUCCAAAGGGUAGUCUAAGGGUUCAAGAUUUUUUGGAGAAGGCUGCGGAGGGACUAGUCGAAGGAGGAAAGAAAGAGAUUUUCACACCAAUGUACUUCUUCUUGGCACGGAAGCCCGAGUCAGACAUUAACUAA